UUUUUGAACCCCAAUAUUCCCUUGCAAGAGAGUUAGUUACCAAAGUAAUAGCCAUGACUUCCAUCAUAGAUGAUACCUUUGAUGCUCAUGGUACAUACGAAGAAAUCAAACUCUUUACGGAAGCAGUCAUAAGGUGGGAUAUUAGUGCCAAAGAUGUUCUUCCAGAUUACAUGAAAUUGAUAUAUCAGACAAUUUUGGACACUUAUAGUCAAUUGGAGGAGCAUAUUGACAAGGAAGGAAGAUCUUAUGGUUUAGCUUAUGCGAAACAAGCAAUGAAAGAAUUAGUCCAAGCCUAUUUUGCUGAAGUUGAUCGGUUUCAUAAGUACACUCCAAGGGUGGAGGAAUACAUAUGCAAUGGCGAAGUAAGUGCUGGUUAUUAUGCUCUCACAACGGCCUCGCUUCUAUGCAUGGGUGAGGGGACUGCAACUGAAGAAGCGUUCAUUUGGGCCUCUAAUAAACCAAAAAUCAUUAAAGCUGCUUCACUUAUUGGCAGACUGAUGAAUGACAUCACCUCCCAUAAGUUCGAGCAGAAGAGAGAACAUUGUGCAUCAGCGGUUGAAUGUUGCAUGGAACAACAUGGAGUUGAAGAAGAAGAAGCAUAUAAAAUGUUGCACCAAGAAAUUGAAAAUGUUUGGAAAGAUAUAAACCAGGAGUUCAUGAAGCCAACUGCUGUAGCAACCCCUGUUCUUGACCGCGUUCUGAAUCUUGCACGCAUGUCAGAUGUUAUGUAUAAGGACGGUGACAGUUAUACCAAUCCUCAUUUGAUCAAAGACACCAUUAAUUUGCUGCUUGUCGAUCCUGUACCCGUUCACGAGCAUCUUCUUCCAUAAUAUAUUAUCCUAGCUCUAUAUAUAUAAUCAUAAUGAUUUCCUAUUAGAACAUCAUAAUGGAUUUUCCACUAAAUCUUUUAUUAUUAGUUUUUGGAUUGCUGUUAAAAUUUAAAAUUAGUGAAUUAUACGAGUUUGUUGAAAGACUAAAACUUUAAACGAGCAAAAUUAAAUAUA